GCGCGAUGAAGUUCGCCGAGCACCUCUCCGCGCACAUCACCCCCGAGUGGCGGAAGCAGUACAUCCAGUAUGAGGCUUUCAAGGAGAUGCUGUAUGCAGCUCAGGACCAGGCACCUUCGAUAGAAGUCACCGAUGAAGACACAGUGAAGAGAUAUUUUGCCAAGUUUGAAGAGAAAUUCUUCCAAACCUGUGAGAAGGAACUUGCCAAAAUCAACACUUUUUAUUCAGAAAAGCUUGCAGAAGCUCAGCGCAGGUUUGCUACACUACAAAAUGAGUUGCAGUCAACUUUGGACGCGCAGAGAGAAAACAGCGGUCUUACCACACUGCGGCAGCGUAGAAAGCCGGUCUUCCACCUGUCCCAUGAGGAGCGUGUUCAACAUAGGAACAUCAGAGACCUAAAACUGGCCUUCAGUGAGUUCUACCUCAGCCUCAUCCUGCUGCAGAACUAUCAGAAUCUGAAUUUCACGGGAUUCCGUAAGAUCCUGAAGAAACAUGACAAGAUACUGGAGACACCCCGAGGGGCAGAUUGGAGAGUGGCGCAUGUUGAAGUGGCACCGUUCUAUACCUGCAAGAAAAUCAAUCAGCUCAUCUCUGAAACAGAGACGGUGGUAACCAAUGAGUUGGAAGAUGGAGAUCGACAGAAAGCCAUGAAGCGGCUACGUGUCCCGCCACUGGGAGCAGCUCAGCCUGCGCCAGCAUGGACUACCUUCAGAGUUGGGCUGUUCUGUGGAAUAUUCAUUGUCCUGAAUGUCACCCUCAUACUUUCAGGUGUGUUUAAUGUGGAUAUACAAAAUGUGUGGCCGCUCAUAAGAAUCUAUCGAGGUGGCUUUCUCCUGAUUGAAUUCCUCUUUCUCCUUGGCAUAAACACAUAUGGCUGGAGGCAGGCUGGAGUGAAUCAUGUCCUCAUCUUUGAGCUCAACCCUCGCAGUAACUUGUCGCAUCAGCAUCUCUUUGAGAUUGCUGGAUUCCUUGGGACAUUGUGGUGCCUGAGCCUACUGGCAUGUAUAUAUGGUAGAACCACUCCUAUUCUUAUGCAGGUGAACCCGCUUAUCCUUUAUGGAUUCAUGUUGCUGUUUCUCAUUAAUCCCACCAAAACCCUCUACUACAAGUCCCGUUUUUGGCUGCUCAAACUCUUGUUCCGGGUGUUCACGGCCCCUUUCCAUAAGGUGGGCUUUGCGGAUUUCUGGCUGGCCGAUCAGCUCAACAGUCUUGCUGUGAUAUUGAUGGACCUGGAAUACAUGAUCUGUUUUUACAGCUUUGAGCUCAACUGGGGGGACAAGUGGGCAGAUCCAGGUCCUAAGAUUUGCAACUCGUACGCCUACGGUGUGCGAGCUGUUGUUCAGUGCAUUCCUGCUUGGUUGAGGUUUGUCCAGUGCCUGCGCCGAUACCGUGACACCAAACGGGCCUUUCCCCACCUGGUCAACGCUGGCAAAUAUUCCACCACCUUCUUCAUGGUGACGUUUGCGGCCCUUUACAGCACCCACAAAGAUCAAAAACACAUUGACCAUCGAGUGUUCUUCUACCUGUGGAUCGUCUUCUAUUUCAUCAGCUCCUGCUACACUCUUAUCUGGGACUUGAAGAUGGACUGGGGUCUCUUUGACAAGAACGCUGGUGAAAACACCUUCUUGCGGGAAGAGAUCGUCUACCCACAAAAAGCCUACUACUAUUGUGCCAUUGUUGAGGAUGUGAUACUGCGUUUCGCAUGGACUAUCCAGAUCUCUAUUACCACCAUGGAGAUUUCCCCAUAUGCCUCAGACAUCGUUACCACUGUUUUUGCACCACUUGAGGUUUUCAGGCGGUUUGUGUGGAAUUUCUUCCGACUGGAGAACGAGCACCUAAACAACUGUGGCGAGUUCCGUGCCGUCCGGGACAUUUCGGUGGCUCCGUUGAACGCAGACGAUCAGACUCUGCUCGAACAGAUGAUGGACCAGGAGGAUGGUGUCCGAAACCGCCAGAAAAACCGGGCGUGGAAGCGUAGCCAGAGUGUGUCCUUGCAUCGACCCCGUCUUGCUUCACAGUCCAAGGCUCGAGACACCAAGGUGUUAAUAGAAGACACAGACGAUGAAGCAAACACAUGAACCAUCUGCAGAGCCCAGUUCCACAUCCCUCGUUCUCUCUUGCUUUACUACCCUCCCCGCCCCCAACCAAUCCAACCUCUGGUACAGUUCCAGCUGAAUACAGAAGAAAAAUCUGAAUACACUUUCUGAGCUCUUCCGGACCGGAUCCUAUGGACUCCAACAAGCUCACUGUGUUUUCUUUUAUUUUUCUUCUGGUUUUUUAAAUUUGAUUUCCUGGUGGUGUUGUUUUUUUU